AUGUCUUCGCUCUCUCGUCGUGCGUGCUACAAGUGUGGCAACGUUGGCCACUAUGCCGAGGUCUGCUCCUCCGCUGAGCGCCUUUGCUAUAACUGCAAGCAGCCUGGCCACGAGUCCAACGGCUGCCCUCUUCCCCGCACCACGGAGGCCAAGCAGUGCUACCACUGCCAGGGCCUCGGUCACGUCCAGGCUGACUGCCCGACUCUGCGCCUGAGCGGCGCUGGCUCCAGCGGGCGCUGCUACAACUGCGGCCAGCCCGGCCAUCUGGCCCGUGCCUGCCCCAACCCUGCCGCCGUCGGCAUGGGCCGUGGCGGUCCUGUUGGCCGUGGCGGCUAUGCUGGCGGCUACGGCCGUGGUGGCUUCGCCGGCGGCCCGCGCCCUGCGACCUGCUACAAGUGCGGCGGCCCCAACCACUUCGCCCGCGACUGCCAGGCCCAGGCCAUGAAGUGCUACGCCUGUGGCAAGCUCGGCCACAUCUCGCGCGACUGCACCGCCCCCAACGGCGGCCCUCUCAACACGGCUGGCAAGACCUGCUACCAGUGCGGCGAGGCUGGCCACAUCUCGCGCGACUGCCCCCAGAAGAACACCAACGGCGAGAUCCCCAGCGACAUCCCCAUCCAGGACGCCUCCAGCGUCCCCGCCCCUGCGGUCGCUCCUAUCCAGCCCGUCGUAUAG